AAUUUUCAGUCAUUAACUUGACCGAUUCACAUCGUUUGUUAGUGAUAAAAAAAUUCCCCACAGCUCCGAGGUAGCCUUUUUUGAGUUUAAACAAACAGCAAUCAAUAUGUGGAAUAAUAAACUCGUGAUAAUUGCGGUUGUUCUGUGUCUCUGGAAUUGCCAUGCAGUUCACGCUCAGUGCACAAUCAACGUUAAUGGUGGCCUCGGUGAGCCUCAACCAAUACUCAUUCACCCCGGUACAUCAUCCUUUUACGAGCCAGUUGAUGCCGAUGGUAUUAUUCGAUUGGGAUUGAACAGCCAAAUUGAACUUUACUGCCAAACUGGAUUUACGUCGCCAUCUACAACUGCGACUUUAAUUCGAGUCAAUUGUACAUCGGGAAAUUUAUUCACAUGGAGUGGAUUUUCAAUGACUUUUAAUAACUAUAUGUGUAAGGCUUAUCCAAGUCAUAUAGCAAAAGAAACUGGUGGUCGAUGCUACAAUAAUGGAUAUUUGGUUCAAGUUGGAUAUCAAGUUGAUACCUCUCGAUUUAUGAAAGUAUUAGAAGUAUGUCACGAUAAAGUUACAGAGGAGACUUACUACACCAAACAUAGAUUCUCGCCAGCAAACUCAAAGUUUCAAUCAGGUUUUGACCGAACUGGCUGGUACCAAGGAGGAUUUUUCGGAACCAAGAAUGUUGACAACUUAUACUCAAGAACCACCCAACGCAUCACAAUCGCUAAAAUUCUUAACUGUCAAUCCUGUGCUGAUACUUACAUUCAUGCCACCAACGACUUCUUUAUGGCUCGCGGUCACUUGGCUGCAAAAGCUGAUUUCAUUUUCGGUAAUCAACAAUCAGCGACGAUGUAUUUUAUAAACGUAGCACCGCAGUGGCAGAAAUUUAAUGCACUCAACUGGGUGGCUGUUGAGGAUUAUUCGAGAAAACUCGCUGCAACAAGAGAAAUCGAUUUGGAUGUUUAUACAGGCACAUUUGGACGAUUACGGUUGAAGAAUGCUUCUAAUGCACAGUUUGAUAUUUAUUUGUCGGUUAAUGGAACUAAUCAGAUUCCAGCGCCUAAACUUUAUUACAAAAUGCUUGUUAAUAAUGCUGAUAAUUCAGGAAUUGUGUUGAUUGGUGUCAACAAUCCAUACUUGACUCUAGCGGAAAUCCAAAGUGAAUAUGUCAUUUGUCACGACAUCUCAAGCCAAAUCACAUGGACAAUCACAUGGCAGAGGGAUAACAUCGAACGAGGCUAUUCAUAUGCAUGCAGUGUAGCCGAUUUCCUUCGUGUUGUUCCACACCAUUCAAUAAGCGUCAGUAGACUGCUCAUUUAAUGCAGCCAAGCACUCGUUAUGGGACUCGAAAAUAAAAUGUAUAGAACAAAGAAAUUUUUCAAACACAAAAAAAAAACUAGAAAUGCGAGUAAGUGGAAAAGGAAGGAAGGAAGUUGAAUUGUAUGAAUGUGUAUGUAUGGAUGUAGGAGCAAGUGUGUGUAAGUAAUGCUGAAUUAGAGAAUGAAAAUGAAUUAUGUAAGACAUAAAAGUGCAGCGCAAUAAAUUUUAUUCAAUUGUUCACAUUCAA